CAUGUUAUGACAUUAGAUUUUAUUGGAAAGUAUAAUAAUUGGGACAAAGUUGAUCCUGCAGAGUUAUUUUCAUGUCCAACUGAAAAGAAAGAAGCAGUUCCUAGAUUAAAAAUUCCUUACUUUUUGGCUAAAGAAGGAGCACAUUGUGAUUACUUAAUAUUGUGGCUGGAUUGUGACAAAGAAGGGGAAAAUAUUUGUUUCGAAGUUAUAUAUGCAGUCCAACAAGGAAUGAAUAGAAGAUUAAAUCCGAAUGAUAUUUGGAGGGCAAAAUUUUCUGCUAUUACAGAGAAGGACAUAAAAUCUGCAUUGUUAAACUUAGUAAAGCCAAAUGAAAAUGAAGCAAAGAGUGUUGAUGCUCGACAAGAAUUAGAUUUGCGAAUUGGUUGUGCUUUCACAAGAUUCCAAACAAAAUUUUUUCAGGGGAAAUAUGGAGAUUUGGAUGUGUCUCUAAUUUCCUAUGGUCCUUGUCAAACUCCUACAUUAGGAUUUUGUGUGCAAAGGCAUGAUGAAAUUCAAACAUUUAAGCCAGAUCCUUAUUGGGUUCUACAGGUUACAGUUAAAUCUUCCGAUGGUCAAGACAUUACUCUGAACUGGAGUCGCGUGCAAUCUUUUGACAAGGAGAUAGCAAAUAUGUUUCUAAGUCAUGUGAAAGAAUAUGAUCAAGCAACUGUUGUAAGCAUAAAAUGUACAGAAAAAACAAAAUCGCGACCUAUAGCCUUGAAUACAGUAGAAUUGAUGAGAGUAGCAAGUUCAGGUUUAGGAAUGGGUCCUCAUCAUGCUAUGCAGGUUGCGGAACGCCUUUAUACUCAAGGAUAUAUAAGUUAUCCUCGAACUGAGACAACGUUAUACCCAGAAAAUUUCGAUUUACUUGCAGAGUUAAAGCAACAACAAAGCAGUCCUGAUUGGGGAGAUCAAGUACGUAAAAUAUUAGAAACUGGUAUUAAUAGACCAAAAAAAGGAAUAAAUGUUGGAGAUCAUCCGCCUAUUACUCCUAUGAAAUAUGCUACACGAAACGAUCUUGAUGGGGACACGUGGAGAUUAUAUGACUAUAUAACGCGACAUUUUAUCGCUACGCUGGCUAGCGAUUGUAAAUAUCUAAGUACUACAGUUAAAUUUGAGAUAGGAAUGGAAGUAUUUACGGCAAAUGGUCAUAGUUUAUUAGACCUCGGGUAUACUAGUAUACUUCCAUGGCAGGCACUAGGAAGCAACGAUACUUUACCCAGAUUUACAGCAAAUGAAAAAGUUAAUAUACAAGAGAUAAAGUUAGCCGAAUGUUACACGCAACCUCCAGAUUAUUUGACGGAAUCUGAAUUAAUAUCUCUUAUGGAGAAACAUGGCAUUGGAACCGAUGCCUCUAUUCCGGUACAUAUAAACAACAUAUGUAUGCGAAAUUAUGUUAAUGUGGCAACUGGUAGGAAAUUAGUUCCUACUUCUUUAGGAAUUGUGUUAGUUCAUGGAUACCAAAAGAUAGAUCCAGAAUUGGUGUUACCUACAAUGAGAUCUGCAGUUGAGGAACAAUUAAAUUUAAUAGCUCUGGGUCGAGCUGAUUUUCAUGCUAUGUUACAGCAUACAGUUGAAAUCUUCAAACAAAAAUUCCAUUACUUUGUAAAAAAUAUAGAAGCAAUGGAUCAGUUGUUUGAAGUUUCCUUUUCUCCCCUCUCUGCAUCGGGAAAAGCACACUCUAGGUGUGGAAAAUGUCGACGCUACAUGAAAUAUAUACAAACAAAACCAUCAAGGAUGCACUGCGCACAUUGUAAUGAAACAUAUAAUUUACCACAAAAUGGAAAUAUUCGAAUUUAUAAAGAACUAAAGUGUCCAUUGGACGAAUUCGAAUUGCUUUCAUGGUCUACUGGAGCACGGGGGAAAAGUUACACAUUUUGUCCAUAUUGUUACAAUAAUCCCCCUUUUAGAGAUAUGAAAAAAGGAAUGAGUGGGUGUAAUUCUUGCACACAUCCAACUUGUCCACAUGGUAUGAACUCUAAUGGCUUAUCGAGUUGCCUAGAGUGCAAUGCUGGUAUACUCGUCCUCGAUCCUUCAGCUGCACCUAAAUGGAAACUUGGAUGUAAUCGUUGCGAUGUUAUUAUUCAUUUAUUCGAAAAUGCCCACAAAGUAACAGUCGACACUGAAGUGUGUGACUGUGGAGCACAAUUAGUUACUGUAGAAUAUAAACAGGAAAAAAGUAAGCUUCCCAAUGAAACUACUGAGAUGACUGGUUGCGUUUUUUGCACACCAGCUUUUAUGGCACUCGUAGAGAAGCAUCGUGCAGUUGCUUCGAAACCGGUUACAACCCGUGGCCGUGGUCACGCCAAAGGUCGCAGCCGGGGUAAACCCCGUCCUCCGAAAGAUAAAAUGGCACAAUUGGCUGCAUAUUUUGUAUAAAUGAUUCUGUUUGUAAAUGAAGUACAUAGAUAUUACUAUUCCCUUCCCAUUCAC